GAGACAGCGGUGAGCCAUGGUGAUAUUGUAUACAAACAUGGCGGCCAGUUAGAAAUCUGUUCGUGGUGAUAACUUGGAUCUCAAAAGAAUGGAUAAGACAUUAAACCCAGCAGCUGAUCCAAGGCAGAUGAGAAGAAUCAUUGCUGAAGAUCCUGAAUGGAAUCUUGCAACUGUUCCUCUCCUUACAGAGCUAUGUUUGCAACACAUUGUAGACAAAUUUGAAGGCAAUCCUGUUCUACAUGAUCUGCUUCCAAAACACAAGACAAAGGUUCUUGAGAAUCUUUCUCCAAAGUUACCAUUAAGUGUUACAGCCAAUCUUGUUCAAGACAAUGGUUACUGGAAGAAAUGUUGUAGAGCAAGGUGGAAUGUGUGUGAUGUUUCUUUGUACAAUGAUAAUUGGAAACAGAUGUAUUUUGAAAGAAAUCUUGAAGAAAUAAUAGAAAAAUUUGUACCCGGAACAACAGAUCCAUCCUUGCUGGAAAAAACAUUGAAACUUUCCUCAGAUUAUAUAAAAAGCAUCAAUAUAAAGCAGCUACUUCCGCCUGUGAAAGAACCACCAAUAAGAGAUGAAGAUGAGGACGAAGAUAGCGGAAGUGAGUCAGGCGACACACUGAGUAUCGAUCACUUUGACUUCAACGUUGUUACGCAAGCACUCCCAUUUUUAAGAGAACUGCGUAUUACGUAUGGUGUACGAGACUGUGGGAUGAACUUUGAAUGGAACCUAUUUGAGUUUACUUCACGAGACUGUUUACUGCUUGCUAAGGCCAUAAAAAGCUGUGAUUCUUUGAUAACGUUCCAAUUGCAUCAAAGCAAAGUAGAUGACGAAAAAUGCCGAGUAUUAAUCAGCCAUCUUCUUGACCAUCCAACACUGAAACAACUUGAUCUUUCACAUAACAAAAUAGGAGAUAGCGGAGCAAGAGCAAUUGGCAAAUUGAUCAACGGAAGAUGUCGCUUAGAGGAGCUUGACUUGAGAGAUAACAAGAUCAAAGCAUUAGGAGCUGCGGCCAUUGGGCACGGUCUUGGCAAAAACUCGACUCUUGCGGUUCUGAGCCUCCGCCUGAAUAGGCUUGGGGACGAAGGUGGCCAAGCAGUUUGCAAGGCGCUGCUGAAGAAUACAACCCUUAAAGAACUUGAUAUUGGAAGCAACGACCUUGGCGAACCCACUGCCGCCUUACUGUCAAAGGUUUUAGCCAAGAACAAAGUCAUAAAGCGUUUGAAUCUUUCCUGCAAUAAAAUCGGACAGGACGGUGGCAUAUCUUUGCAAGAAGGCAUGGAAGAAAACUCAACGCUGACACACAUGGACUUGAGGCUGACAGAAGUAGGCCAGGAAUGCGAAUAUUGUAUAAAUCAGCUGAUACGAGGCAAUGUUAACAAAGAACAUUUGCAUCGGAAAUGAUAUUUUAUUCAUUAAAGGCUAAGUGCUAAGUAGUUACUAAAUAUUGUCGACCGUUAAUUAAAAUAUGUAAAUAAAACUUAAAGUGAACAUGUAUUUGUAUUUGUAUAUUUCAAUAAAGUUUCCCUUGAGUAU